AACCUUAAUUCCGUGGAAGGCUCAAUCCAGAACCUUCUGUCAGUGCUGUAUCCGCCCUUCGAUGCCACUGCUGCAACUCUGCUCAGCCAGCUCUUCCAAGUUGUCGACGGUCGUUUCCAGGGAGAUGCCCUGCGGUGUUACCUGGACUUCCUGGUUCCAGCCAAGCACAUCUUAGACACUGUGCAGCAGGCUGCAUGUGCUCAGUACCCUGAUGGUCUGUUCCUCUGUGAGGGCUGGCCUCUGUGUUUACGUGACCAAGUUGUUGUUCAUCUUGCUCCCAUCGACCCCCUGCAACUUCAGCCUGGAGACUUUUAUCUCCAGGUGGCGCCAUUCUGUGACCAAUCAGCUCGCAUUGUGGUCUGCAGCCUCCUGGAAGAGGCGGACUUUACAGUGGAAGUGGAGGAGACCCCAGUCGAUGAGACGUCUUAUCCGUGUAUAUUCAGCCAUAACUGGUUAGAUGAUAUCAACUCCGAACGCAGUGGAACUCCUCUCAGGAAAUGUCUGGUUGCCACUGAACGAGGCUUGGUGAAGUUACCAUGGGAACGGGUGGCCGUGCCUGAAUUUGUGGAUGUACCACGAAGUGCUGGGAAUAGUAUGGCCUCAGCUCCUCCAUCAUGUCCUCCAUUACCACCUCCACUUUUUCUUCCUGGUACUCUUCCUGAUUUGACAGAAAGCUGCUCAUCUAAUAAAUCCUCAGGUCUCUCUUCUGCUAUAAAACAGUGUCCUGCUACUACUCAGAAUUCAGCAUCUUCCUCUCAACCAUCUGCCUUCACUGUACAGACUAGGAUUUGUCCAGCAAAACACGGUAUUGCGGUGUCACUUUGCCUGGUAGAUACUAGCACUGCUUCUGUAUCACGACAAGUUAAAAUUAAAGAGAUUGAAACAGAGAGUAAACCCAUAGGCCGGGUGUCCCCCAAUACAUGGGGCAGGCAUUUAACUGGGACGAAUCCAGUCACAUCCACAAAAACCACCUCUGCUUUAAACGCGUACACCCCUGCAACUAGUUUUAAAACUGAAUGUAAAAGUGAGAAUAAAGUUUUAACUGUCCCUGGAAAUACAUUGCAAGAUAAACAGAUAGAGACAAAAGUGCAAGAUAUGAGCAGAGGUGGGCCAGUAGUCCACCCUGUUGGAGAAGGAGAAUACAUUGAUAUAGUACAGGCCAGCAUGCUUUUUGGCAAAGAUCAACCACUUACUGAAGAAAAGUCCCAUGUGCAGAUCCAACCACAUAGUCAAAGUGACUCACGGAUGCAAAGACAUCGACACGGACAAAGUCAGCCCACCACAGAACUGCCGCUUUGCGCACAGCCACAGUCGCAUGGGCUGUUACCCAUAAAAUCGCAAAGCCAUUCUAGAUCUGUGGAUCCUUUAUCAUUACGUCCCAAAAUAUCUGCCCAAACAGGACCUCCAGCCACUCACCACCAUUCCCAAACACAUCACUCUUACUGUGACCCUCUUGAGCCUUUCCAGUGUGGCCGCACUGUUAACUUUGCAGAGAAGCCCUGCACUCCAUGCAUGAAGAGGCGACAGGGUGGGAAGGCUACCAGAGCUCAAGAACUGAGGUGUCGAUACAGGGAGUCCUACCAGGCCGCUAUUCAAAACCCUGUCACUUUUAGAACUGAGAGAGACAGAGAGAAUAUGUUAUCUGUUGUGGAGGAGCAGGGUGAUUUCUCCCAGUAUGAAGACAGACCGGGGACUGAACCAGGAGAUCCAUGGUGCGAUGUUCAAGAAAUAAGACGUGACACCAGAAUCCAAAAUCAGCCAGUCAUUGUAGACAUUUGUAAUGUGCCUGGGAACUUAAACACUACUUCUCACUGGAGGCAAGGCGAUUCUAGAUCUGUGGAAUACAGGGAACUCCGUACCUUUCAAUCUGGUGGGCAGCAUGAGCAAAAACCUGAGAAGAAUAAUGCAGCACUUAGAGAUGCUCAGUCUCCCGAAGGUUACGGCAACAAUCGCAGUGUGAACGGAACAAAUCCAGCAGCUGAGGCAAAAAUAAACUCUACUCAUGUUGUGCCAGUUACAAAUGGUUCAGUGUAUUCUUUCAGGAAUCCUGAAUUACCCCCGAGUUCAAGGGAAAAGUCCGAGAUGAGCACGACCAUCAAACCCCAUGAAAAGCAACAAAAUGGAAGCAGCUCUCACUUUUCAUCUCAAUCAGCAGCACAAAACAGAAAAGACACUUUCUCAGAUAGAAGAUGUUCCUCCCUCUCCACUGCUGUGGUGGACACCUCAGAAAAAUGUGAACUGGUUAUUGUUGAAGGUCAAAAUGUCAGGAGAAAAGAAAAGCCUGUCUCUUGUGCAGAGAUUCCCCAGUUGCAUGUGGUUAAAUGUAAAAAUAGCACCGCAUUUCGACUGGUUUCCCCCAAGAUCAGCAGAAGGAUGACAACAGCUGGUGAGCAGCAAAGCAGUGCACCUUUGUCAAGUGGAAAUGGCCGUCAACAAGCCUACCAGUCAAAGACAGAUUCACCUCCCUCUGCAGAAAAUCAAAGGGUCUCACAGCGUGCCCCUGCUCGUCCCAGACCUGACCACCUGCCCCUGGGACCCCCAGACCCCAGAGCCCACCCUCUUUAUCUAGGCUUAGCAUCUCUCACAGGCUGCAGGGACAGGACAGGCAGGGCAAUAAUUGAGGUCUAUGGAGACCACCAGGGAUGGCGAUCUUCUGUAACAAGCCAGGAGCUCUUCCAAAUGUUGCUGUACUUCCACUCCAUCACCAGAAAGGAAAUCAGAGAAGCUGGGAUGCUGCUCAUUUUUGAUGCUCGACGGACAAAUCCUCAGCCACAGUUCUACAAGGGUUUGAUGGCUCUUCGGACUGAUGUGGUGACUUCGAUGAAAGCCUUGCUUAAGCUGGUAGAAGUUAAUCAGCUGAGCUCCCAUCUUGAUGGCAUGCUCUCUCAGGGCUACCGUGACUGGAGGGAGUUGCACAAGAGACUCUUCCCAUUUGUUAAUGAUCUUCAUGAGGCGUCCAGCCUGCUACUGAGAGCCAUCAGUAAAUUAGAGGAGCCCCAGAUGACAGACAGUGUACAGGCUGUGCAGCAAUCCAUGAUGAACCAGAGAACUCUGAUGAGAGAUGUCUUGGAGGAUUUCCGACUGGUCAGUCUACAAAGGGAGGGAGGAGCCAUUCUGGCGAGGCUAAGGAAAGAGAGCGACUUGAAAUACCCCCACUGUGAGGACCUCAGCGAUGCAGUUGACUCGGUCACCAGCCUGUACAACCACGUGGAGGAGCAAGCUCACGUCCUUGUGCAAAGGACCAACAUGUCACUGGAGCACCUGGAGUACCUGCUGCAGCUCAGAGAGAUGGAGGGACACUUCAAACAGAUUCAUCAGUGGUUUAAUGUAGAAGGAGAGCGCCACCUGUUGGAGGCUGAAUCAGUCGAGGAAUCUGGAGACAGAAUGGAGCAGAUCCUCAACAGCUUCACUAGUUUCCUAAUUGAAGCGACUGACCGCAGACACCAUGCCAUGACAUUAGUGUCAGAGGCAGAGCGGCUCCAGCAGAGUGGGCUCACCUACCCAGAGACAGACACUUUUAAGAAUUUUAUCUUCACAUUCAAAUCGCACCUGGAGGACUUCCUAUGCAGGGCAGAGGCAUGUGGCCGAGAGCUUCAGAUCAUGGUCAACGUGUGUGAUUUUUGUGAGCAGGCUACGGCACUAGCCACUGAAUGCACUGAGUACCUGAAUCAGAAUCAGUCCCGAAUCCAUCCUAUGCAAGACCAUGACAGGCCCUCACAGCUCAAUCAAGCCAAAAGUCAGCCUGCACAAUACCGAAAGCAAGACUCCAGCCCAAACACUGCAUCCUCGUCUCAGGCUGAUGCUCAAGCUGCAAAUUGCUCCACCACAGCCACCUCCACUGCUGCACCAUCUUCUACCGACAGCUUCAUUCUUCAGGCUUUCCAAGAAAGGUUCCUCUACUUCAGCCCAGAGAGAUUCCAGCAGGUAAAGGCCCAGGCCAGUGCCCUGAAAGGCUCAAGGGGCAUGAGGGUGUGGAAUGUUGCCUGGCUGAGAUGUCAGGAGGCUCGGCAGCAGCUUCAGGAGAGGAUGCAGCACGUGGAUGAGGUUUGCCAACAGCCGGCAGAUUGGGGCGAAGGCCAUUUCAUCGACGUGGUGAGCACCAGUGUUGAGACGACCUCUCCCGGUGGCCAGAAUUUGGUGGUGCAGUCAACUCCCGGGCCUUGCCAUCCUCAGUGGGAGAGUAUCGUAUCAGGAACUGUGGAUUUAGAGAAAAGAGGGCCUGUUCUCAGUAGUACCAGCCCUAAUGUAACAACUGUGGCCUGCUGUAACAUUAUCAUCCAACCUGAAGAUAGCAUUGAUGCUGGAAUGAGCAGGGAGUCAAAGACCACUCCAAAGCUACCUCACAGGCCAACAAAGAAAACAGGAAGGGAAGCAAGGAGGAGACAGACAAGCAGAACAAGGAGUGAGAGAGACGCCGCAGCUCUGUCUCAGUCGCAGCCUGUCGGCUGCCAGUGGUUUCCAUGGGGACGGGGUCUUGGAACGAGGUCAGUGAGUGAAGACUCGUGCGCUGCCAGAGUCCCAACAGCUGGCUCAUCAGCCCCUCUGGACGAGCGGGCCCGGCCGCCGUCAUCCUGUUCCCACCGGGGCCAGCCUUCAUGUCGAAUCCUCCAGGAAGCCCAGAAGUUUCAGAUCUCCCGACACGGGAGCUUCUGCUCGGAUGACUCCUGUGUUAGCGACAGGGGGGCUGCAGGGGGUGAUGGGACCGUAUGCCCCAAACACUCCAGUCUACCCGUCACAAGAUACGAGGGAUCGUUUGGUCCAAAGGAGAGCCCUAGCUGUUCCUUGAGGCUGCAGCGCGUCAUGGAGGAGCUGGUGUUUACAGAGAGGGAGUAUGUGCGUUCUCUGGGUUACAUCCUGACUCACUACCUCCCCCUGAUGGACAGGCUGGACAUCCCCCAGGACCUCAGGGGAAAGCGAGGGGUCAUCUUUGGCAACCUGGAGAAGCUUUAUGACUUCCACAGCCACUAUUUCCUUCCAGAGCUGGAAGCCUGCCAGAGGGAUCCUGCCAUGAUUGCCCGCUGCUUCCUCAGACAUAGUGAGAGUUUUGGCCUGUAUGCUUUAUACAGCAAGAACAAGCCUCAGUCAGAUGCCCUCAUUCUGCACCGUCGCCAUGACAUCUUCAAGAGGAAGCAGCAGGAGCUGGGGGACAUGAUGGACCUGUCGUCCUACCUGCUGAGGCCCAUCCAGAGGAUCAGCAAGUACAGCCUCCUCCUGCAGGACAUGCUGUCUCUGGCCAAGUCACACAGGCCCAAAGAUGUGACCGAGGAUGGAACGUCCUCAUCCGGUGCGUUCUCACAAAGUGUGUGUGGCCCUAAUGCUCACGUGCCUGAUCUGACGGGCAGUGACAGGGAGAGGGCUGAGAUCCAGGCGGCUGCGGACUUGGUCCGAUUUCAGAUGCGUCACGGCAAUGAUUUGCUCACCAUGGACGCCAUCCAAGACUGUGACAUUAAUUUAAAAGAGCAGGGGCAGCUGAUCCGACAGGAUGAAUUCACAGUUUUCUUCAAAAAGAAGAAAUGUGUCCGUCGCAUCUUCCUGUUCCAAGAUUUGAUUCUCUUCAGCAAACCGAAGAGAACAGAUAUUGGAAAUGAUGUUUACGUCUACAAGCAAUCAAUUAAGACAAGUGAUAUCGGAAUGACCCAUAACUCUGGUGUGAGCGGUUUGUGUUUCGAGAUCUGGUUCCGCAGGAGGAAAAGUGAGGACACCUACACUCUGAAAGCAACUAGCAUGGAGGUGAAGAAAGCCUGGACUACUGACCUGGAAAGACUACUAUGGGAUCAGGCUGCUCACAGCAGAGAACUGCGUCUACAAGAAAGGGUGUUCAUGGGAAUGGGCCGAAAACCUUUCAUGGAUAUUCAACCUAAUGAAGCUGCAAUUUACGAUCGAUCAGUCAGCGGUGUGCUGCCUGGCAAAAUCCCUGUGGCGUGUUGUUCACACAGGGGUUUAGAAUAUCCCCGGCCUCACUCCAUUGGCUCCGGCAGCACCGCGUCCACCACCGUCAGCCAGUCAUCUUCCUCGUCAGGACGUGGCUCGCUGCCCCCUACUGGUUAUCCCGGGAACCCCCCUCAGGGCGCAGACGCAAAUCCAGCCGUGGGCUUCUUCCCUGAGGCUGUGACUGACAACGAACUGAACAAUCAGCAUCUUCACCAGUAUCAUCUUCAUCGUCACUGUGACCAUUGGAAACCGCUCUGUCCACAGAUGGACAGUACUGAGUCAUCCGGGGAAAGCGUGGCUGUGUUCAGCAGCUCGGAGCACAGCUGCCUGUCUGCCAUCAGCGGGGAGGUGGUGGAUGACUCCUCAGUUUUAUCCCAGAGCUCCCAGCAACAGCUUCCUCAGACCUCCAGCCUGAGGAAAACCAGCUCCCCUAUGGUUACUACAAAAAAGCCCGAUGUCCCCCCCAGAACUACACAGCCAUCUAAGACUCAGUACAGUGCAGCAAGCUCCAGUUCCAGUGAUGAGUUCCAGUACAAUGGUCCAUCUGCCAACAAGUUGAAGACUUAA